CUGCCACUUCCCCGGGGUAAAAAUGGAUCGGGCGACUCCGCGCCCCCCACCUGUAUAAAUACACAGACCCACUACCCAGCAACCGCAAGCCAAGCCGAGCCAAGCCCGACGGCUUUCCGGCGGUUUUCUCGGCGGCUGGUUGCUCAUCUGUGGGCGGUUUCCGGCGGAAUUUGUGCUUUCCUCUCCUGCUUCUCCUCGGCUACCUACCUCGGCAAGCAUUCCCUUGCCCACAACCGCCCUGCUCGUCUUCCACCUCGCGCCCCGUUCGAUUCCAGAACGAGACUCCGGUUCCUGACAUAGUCUAGAUCGAGGCAAAUGCGUUGGGAGCGGCGGCGGCCAUUGUAGUUGGAGCGGUUCCGGCUCGAUCCCUCCGUCCGGGGACGUUGCUUUGUGGUUCUCCGUCCGUCCGUCCGUCCGUCUGAGGCGAUGCUGCGGAACAGAUCGAGGAGAGCGGUUGGUGCCGGAGGCGGGGGCGGAGGUCUCAUGCCUCAACCUGAGCCCCUCGCCGCUGCCGCUGCUCAGUCUUCUUCUUCCCCGAGGCCGUACAUGGCGCUGCCGCAGGCCGGGUUCUUGGACGGCGCGGAGCAGGGGCCGUCCUCCUCCAUGAGCCCCACCUCCAUUCUCGAGACCAAGCAGUUCUGCUGCUCCGCCCUGCCGCCCUUCCUCUCGGAGCGAAGCCUCAGGAAGGCUCACAUGGAGACGGCCGCUCUGGGUCCGGAGCCGGCCGGCGCCGGCGGCCUCGCCGACGUGCUCCGGGAGCACGGCGACGCCAAGGCCGGCGGCCGCAAGGUGGUGUUCGGGUCGCAGCUCAGGAUCCAGGUCCCCUCGGGCAGGGCCGUGGAGCUGGUGUCCUCCCCGAUAGAGUUCGGCGUCAAGAACCGGGACGCCGUCCUGUCCCCGGCCAGGAGGUUCCUGCCGGAGGUCGUGAGCUCGCCCACCGCCCGGGUGUUCGCCGCCGGGGAAAUGGCCAUGUCGGAGGACUACACGUGCGUCAUCUCCCGCGGCCCCAACCCGAGGACCAGGCACAUCUUCGACGACUGCAUAGUCGAGAGCCGCGGGGAUGUGCUCGUGGACAACGGACCGGGCACCGCCGGCGGCGGCGGUGAUGCCGUGCCGCCGAGCGGUGUCUUGAGCUCUUGCCAUGCAUGCCGCAGGCAACUUGGGCAUGCCAAUGAUAUCUUCAUCCAUCGGGGUGGCAAAGCAUUCUGCAGCGACGAGUGCCGGUACCGGGAAAUGCUCUUCGACGAAGCGGUGGACAACCUGCGCUAGCUAGCUAAACGGGGGAGGGACGGUGCAUUUCACAAGAGAAUUUCAGCGGAGGAGAAGGCAUGACGAUGGCCCUGAAUAACCGAGAUGAGAUUUAUCUUUCAUUUUUUGUUUCUUCUCGACUUUGCAAGACUGGAUGAUGUUUUUUGGUCAUGGAGAACAGAAUGAUUUUAGCCUUUUGCCGCGGAUUAAAAGACAUUUUGCCCACUUUUGCAAGAGGUUGCGCUGUCGGGGACUGAUGUUCGACGUUCUAGUUAAAUGAAAUGAAAUUUGAUGCCAGUGUUCUUCUA